AUGUCGGAUGAUAUUUCUUAUGAAGAACAUGUACAAAAGAAUAAUCAACGAUUAAUUUCCAUUAGAAAUUCGCUAUCUGAUGUGAUUUCGUUUCAUUCUGCAUGUACAGAAUUAACCCAAUGGUGCAGUGAUCAACGUGCUUUCUCAAACUAUUUUGAAGAUAAUCUUAUGUUGGCUUUACAAGUGGCAGCUGAAAAUGGUGCAAAGGAAGGAUUUGAUUUUACUUUAGCUCAUCAACUCAUAACAACUUGUUUUUCUCAUCGGAAGUUGUUAAGCAAAAUAAGUGCAAGUCGCAUCAAUAGAUGGUAUGAACAGUUUCGACGAAUGAAGAAAACUGGUGGACGAAAGAAGAAACGAGGUGAAGCUGCUGUUGUUCCUUCAGCAUCUUCAUCAUCGUCAUCAUCCAUUCCUCCAACGUAUCAGGCAGACCAACCAAAUAUGGAUAAUUCAAUGGAUAACAAUGGUAGUAUGUGGAACCAGGGCGGCCCAAUGGCUGGUCCAUCGCCAAUGCAAAGUCCUGCUUUUGGUCCUGGUCCUUCAGGACCUAUGGUUCCCAUGCAUGGAUAUGGAAUGCAACCAUCUGCUUAUCCACCCAUGGAUCCAAGCGGAAAUCGACCUUACCCUCCUGGUCCAGAUCCCAAUGGAAUGUACGAUCCAACUCAAAUGCAUAUGAUGCAUCAGAGACAACAACAUCAUCAGGCAAUAAUGCAACAUCAGCCUCUUUCUCAACUUCCUCAGCCUGCACAACAAAUGAUGCCCCAGCCUCAGCUUUCGCAGCCACCGCAACCUCCUGUAACGACAAAAAAGAAGACAUCUGCAGCUAAGCGAAGAGCCGCUGCUGCCGCUGUUGCUGCAGCAAAUGAGACAGCAACACAACAACAAAUGAUGGGUGGAGGCAUGCCUCCAAUGCCUCAAGGGCCAGGUGGCUAUGAUCCCAUGUUCUCUGUUCCGAUGGGAGCCAAUAGUGUUCCUGGUCAGGUUCAGCCGCUCAUGCGUGUCCAACCUGGAAUGCCAUCUCCAGCAUAUCCCGGUGUCCCAGGGCCAAUGAUGGGACCUCCAAGAGGUCAUAUGAUGCCCAUGACAUCUCCCGGAUACCCACAGGGUAACACGCAGAUGAUUCGUGCUGGCCCUCCUCAACUGUUUGGCCAAAUGCAACAGCCUAUUCAACAGCAACAAGUUAUUUCAUGUUUGAACCCAAAUAUGAGUUUCCCAAUAACGUUUGUUUGUCGAGCCGUCGAGGAAAUACUGGCCCCAUUCUGUCUUCCUCACGAUAAGAACAUCUGUCACGAAUUCUUCGAUAUAUCGCCUGAAACGAUGAAAAAGCUUCAAGGAGCAUCUAUGGAAUUGCAGUUGAAAUGCUGUUUGAAAGAUGAUACUAAGAAACAGGCCCCAUCAUGGCCUCUUAGCAAAUCUGGAGCCAUGGAACCAACUGUCGCUAUUCGUUUGAAUGAAACUCCAAUUCAAAUUACUUCUAUGAAUCAGACGAUUCCACUGAAGAAUCUUGUGAAACUUGGAAGAAAUUUGAUUGAAUUCCAAUCUUUCCAAUGCAUUUGCAGUCACUGUUUCUCUAUUCGGGUUGUAGCUCAAAUUCCUUUGAAUAGCGUCGUUGAGAAUUCGUUGACAAAAGCCAAUCGAGCUGGAUACAAUGCAGAUUUUUUCAAACGAAAACUUAUGCAAUCAAUGAGUCCAGCUGGAGUUAACAUUUCAUUGGUUUUUGACCGCAAACGAAUGGCUAUUCCAGCAAGAUUCGCAAAUUGUAGUCAUACAGCUUGCUUCGAUUUGCAUCAUCUUCUUCAAAGUCAAGCAGAAUGCUUCCAAUUGGAAUGUCCUAUCUGCAGUCUUAAUGGAACUUAUGAGGAUAUUGAAGUCGAUCAUUACAUAGGACAAGUUAUUCGUGAGACAAACAGCAUGAAACCUCAACCAAGCGAUAUUUGUUUGCAUCCAAAUGGAGCAUAUAGGGCAGUAGGUCCUCCACAAGAUCUUACUACUCCAAUGGGCAAUCCCAAUGAGAUGAACAUGAAUAAUCGUAAACGGCCAAAUGAUGAUCAUGCUGGAGGAACAGUCUUGAAACGAAAUAAAAGUGAAUCGUUUCAUCAUAUGAUGAAACAAGAUGUUCCACCAACAUCAUCUCCGUAUGGAAAUGCUAAUUCGGUUCCAGUCGGUCCUCCAAUGGGAACAAGUCCUAACAGUCUGUUAAGCCCUUUUGGACCUAAUGCAAGUGGCUACAGUCCAGUUAAGCCUGUUACAUCUCCUAUGACAGCAAAGUUUAUGGGAGGACCAGGUACACCAUUAACACCUGGUAAUGGUCUUAUGGAACAAAAGCCUGCAAUGAUCUCAAAUGAAGCUCAAUUACAUGGAAAUAGUCCACAUCAGUCACAAAUUCAGCAACAUGGGAGCGUGGAAACCCCAUCAUUAACCGGCUCUGCUCCUUAUACGCCAGCUUCGCAGUCGAACGGAACUAAUCCGGUUUGUUCAGCUCCAGAACAGCACUGUGCCAAUGUGAUGUCUCUUGCACCUGCUAGUCUUGAUAUCGAUGUUGUAGAUGGUCUAAUUAGUACGCAAAUCAUUUCGACAGACGAUUUCCGCAAAUAUUUAUGUGAUGGAGAUUCCUCGUUUGUAGAUGUGCCAGAAAUGAAAGAAGCUUCCGGUUAUGGCUGGUCCAAUGAUACCUGGGAUGAUUUUAAGCAAUUAGUCAGCGAUGGCAGAAUAUAA